AUGGCCUCCACAAACUUCAUCUGCAUAAUCGCUCCCAUCUUCCUGUGCAUAUCCAUAAUCCUCUGCCUCGUCAUCUUCACAUUUCGCGCCACCGCGCAUCGUGGCACGUCGCAGCGCGAACCGACCACCAGCAACAACAUUUCGCCAUGUCCAGAGAUGAUGCUAGAUGGGGCCUCUUCUGCGGACUAUCUCACCCUGCGCACUCAGAAGGAUACUCGAAGGAAAACGACCAAUAUUCGUAACGUAUUUCUCUACGAUGAGAGGGUUUAUGUUGGGGACGAAGAGAGUGCUUUGCAGCCUUUGCUGCCGGGCGAGUUGUAUGAUGAUCCGCUGGAGCAGACGGGUUUGGUCCAUACGGCUACACGACAGGAUAAGAAAAUGCAGGGGAAGGACUCACUUAACUGGCAUGGGACAAAUACGUUAAACACGUCAUGGGGGUGGAUGGCUUAA